AAAUUACAAAAUGAAAUCAAUGUCCAUUUGAUGAGCUUUUUGUAAUCUUGAAAUGAUCGGAAUGAAGGAGAUGGCGAGGUGGCAAACCAACAACUUUACCAACCAUUGCUGGCACCAAGGUUUCCAGGAAGAUAUUAUCUUUAUUUUGGGAAACCAAUUGAAACCCAAGGAAGAAAGCAAGAACUGAGAGACAAGGAGAAAUGUCAUCAACUGUAUUUACAUAUAAAGUCUGAGGUUGAGA